CAUUUUAUUUAUUUUCUUUUCUUUUCUUUUUGCUUUUAAAUUUUCUUUUGAAUCGAUACGGAGCCAGAAGGGAUAUCGGUCCCUAACCGCCUGUGAACUUUAAGGUGGCAUAGCUCCUGCUCGGACUCCGAGGGCAUUUCGGUAACUCGAAUCUGGGGUUCAAGAGGGCCACCGCCGAAAGAUACAACCCCCCGAGCCCCGCACCUUCACUCGUUCGUCUCGCUCUCUCUUCCUCGAUCCAGAAAGGAAGGGGACCAAUCGAAAUCAGAUUCCUUCGCUGCUGUUUGAUGGUCACUCCGAUUUACGAAUUCUAGUUCUCUUAUCAGUUAAUCACCAGAAGAAAUAAGUCCAUGGAGGUUGAUCUGUCAGAAGGGAGUAAUUAUCAGACUCCAUCUUCAAAUGGAAAGCUCCUAGUUGCCACACCUGUUGCAGGUGGUUCAUCUGGUGAAGGCUUGCCUUAUGCUCCUGAAGAUUGGCCCAAUCCUGGAGAUAAAUGGCGGUGGAAAGUAGGGAAUAGAAAAACUGCUUCUGGCCACUGGGUUGAUAGAUAUCUUUAUCCCCCUGCCCAUUUUCCAAAAGCUACUGGCAAAAAGUCGGGAUUUCCAAGCAGAUUAUCACUUGAAGAAUACAUUCGGAAGGAAUUUUCUGACAAGGAUGUUGAUUCCUUUUUUGCAUCUUUUAUUUGGAGGGUUCCUUGCGCUGGUCACACUCCAAGAAAAGGUUCAACUUCAUUGAGUACUGAGAAAAACUUACAUAUUCAUGUAUCUCCAUAUAGUUUGGACAUGAGUGAAUGUUCUGGAUCUGUAUCAGAAAUGUGGGUUGGGGGUUGUAAAGCUGGAAAUAAGAUGUGCAACCUCCAAGAGAAAGAACGAAGCAAUGGAUUGCCAGCCAAGGAUUGUGAUAUCUGCUGCAGUGAAUAUGGUUUCUGUCGUGACUGUUGUUGUAUCCUGUGCUGCAAAACUGUUGAUUGGGUAUAUGGAGCUUAUAGUUUUAUUAGAUGUGAGGCAAUUGUGGAUGCGAAUCUUAUCUGUGGGCAUGUUGCACAUAUUGAAUGUGCCCUUCGUUCUUACAUGGGUGGGACUGUUGGAGGAACCAUUGGUUUGGAUGUGGAAUAUUUUUGCAGACGCUGUGACAAUAAAUCCGACCUUAUGUCACAUGUGACCAAGCUUAUAAGAACAUGUGAAUCUCUUGACUCCAGGAAUGAUAUUGAAAAAAUUCUAAAUUUGGGCUUUUGCAUCUUGCGUGGCUCUGAACGAAUGGGAGCAAAGAGCUUGCAGAACCGGAUUGGAUUGAUCUUGCUUAAGCUUAAACAAGGUGUUCCUCUUGGUGAAAUCUGGAAGAUGGAGGAUAGCAUCUCAUUGCCUACUGCAGGAGAUACCUCCCAUCUUGGAAAUGAGAUAACAAUUUUAGGGGCACCAGACAUUACAAGAUAUAAAAUAAAUGAGGGUCUCAAAGAGGAGGUCGAACUUCUGCAAAAGAAUGAUACAGUUGAUGGGGGAGCUCAGCUGUCAGAUUAUGAUAAUGUGUCUGUGAAGCUUGAAGAUGAUAUAGACAAGAUACUUCAAGAAUUGAAAAGUUCACAAGAGCUGGACUGUAAAAUUGUGGAGGAAAAGCUUUAUGAUCAGAAAGAUUACCUUCUCAGUUUAUAUCAACAGCUUGAUUCAGAAAGAUCAGCUCUUGCAAAUCCUAUUUCUAUUUUACCUAAUGGGGGUGAUUGUGAUAAUCUUCUUGCCAAUGUUCUGGACAGAGUGGAUCAAAUAAGGCAUGAGGAGGAAAAACUCCGGAAUAUGAUGAAAAUAGCUAAAGGCUUUGGACAAACCAACAAAAGUAUCCUUCAUGAACACUUUGGGCUAACCUCUGAUAAUUGAACAAAGUAUCUAUAUCAGUUUACAUUGUUAUGUUAUAUAUCUUGUUUUCACAAUUGAGAAAAAGGAUAACAUUAUUAAUAUUUUCUUAAGAAAUAAAUGUACUACAAUUGAUAUGUUAUUCUUUGUUUUAUCCUGUGUGCCAUAAUUUAGUUGGUAAAUCACCAAUGUCAGUCACUCUAAUUUUUCAUUUA